CGCAGUGCGGGCCGGGGCCGCGGCGAUGCUGGAGGAGGCGGGCGAGGUGCUGGAGUCGGUGCUCAAGGCCUCAUGCCUCCCGAUCAGCGUCCUGCUCUUCGUGCCCGCCGUGCUCCUGCUGCUGGGGCCGCCGCCUGCCGCCGAGGCCGCGCACGAGUUCACGGUCUACCGCAUGCAGCAGUAUGAGCUGGGCGGGCAGCCCUACGGCACCAGGAGCGCCGUGCUCAACACGGAGGCGCGCACCGUGGAGGCGGACGUGCUGAGCCGCCGCUGCGUCAUGAUGAGGCUGGUGGACUUUUCCUACGAGCAGUACCAGAAGGCUCUGCGCCAGUCAGCUGGGGCUGUGGUCAUCAUCCUGCCAAAAUCCAUCUCCUCUGUCCCCCAGGAUGUGGUGAGGCAAUUCAUGGAGAUAGAGCCAGAAAUGCUUGCUAUGGAAACCAUUGUGCCAGUCUACUUUGCAGUGGAGGAUGAGGAGCUGCUGUCUAUCUAUGAACAAACACGAGCUGCUUCUGCAUCACAGGGUUCUGCCUCAGCUGCAGAAGUUCUGCUGCACACAGCAACUGCCAAUGGCUUCCAGAUGGUGACCAGUGGGGCUCAAAGCAAAGCUAUCAAUGACUGGCUCAUCCCCAGUGUGGAGGGAAGGCUGACAGGGCUGGGUGGAGAAGACCUGCCCACUGUUGUGAUAGUUGCCCACUAUGAUUCCUUUGGAGUGGCUCCAUGGCUGUCCCACGGGGCUGACUCCAAUGGCAGUGGGAUCUCAGUGCUGCUGGAACUGGCCAGGCUGUUCUCUCGGCUCUACACCUACAGGAGGACCCAUGCUGGGUAUAACUUGCUGUUCUUUGCAUCUGGAGGUGGCAAGUUUAAUUAUCAAGGAACUAAGAGGUGGCUGGAGGAUAAUUUGGACCACACUGAUUCCAGCCUGCUGCAGGACAAUGUAGCAUUUGUGCUCUGCCUUGACACCCUGGGCAGAGGCAAUAGCCUUCAUCUUCAUGUCUCAAAGCCUCCCAAGGAGGGCACCUUGCAGCAUGCAUUUCUGAGAGAACUGGAGAUGGUUGUUGCCAACCAGUUCCCAGAGGUGAAGUUCUCCAUGGUGCACAAGAAGAUCAACCUGGCAGAGGACAUGCUGGCGUGGGAGCACGAGCGCUUCGCCAUCCGGCGCCUGCCCGCGUUCACCAUCUCCCACCUGGAGAGCCACAGGGACAGCCUGCGCAACAGCAUCAUGGACAGGAGGACACGAAUAGACACUAAAGCACUGACCAGGAAUACUCAGAUCAUUGCUGAGGCUUUGACAAGGGUCAUCUACAAUCUAACAGAAAAGGGAGCACCUGCAGAUAUGCAGAUCUUCACAGAUCAGAUGGAAAUCCAGCAGGAGCAGCUGGAAUCAGUGAUGGACUGGCUGAGCAGCCAGCCCAGGGCUGCCCAGCUGAUUGAUAAGGACAGCACCUUCCUCAACACCUUAGAAUAUUACAUGGGACGUUACCUGAAGGAUGUCAAGCAGCACCAUGUGAAGGCAGACAAACGGGACCCUGAGUUUGUUUUCUAUGACCAGCUGAAGCAGGUGAUGAAUGCAUACAGGGUCAAGCCAGCAAUCUUUGACCUGCUCCUGGCUGUCUGUAUUGCAGCCUACCUUGGUGUUGCCUAUGUUGCAGUGCAGCACUUUGGUCUCCUUUACAAGUUGAUACAGAGAUUAUCCCUUAAAACCAAGCAGCAGUGAAGCACCAAGUCCCCCACCCAGCAGCACUGAGCCAUCGGUGAGCCCAUUGGGAACCUUCUGCCUUCCACUGAGCCCUGCUGCUCCUUUCCCUUUGUCUCCUCUUUGCUACUGUACAGAGGGGAGGAAGGCAUAAAGAAAAUGAAAUUUUAACUCCUGUGCACCUCUGAAGUGCUUUUCUUCACCUUCUUCCCCUGACUUGCACCAUGUCUGGUUUUUCCUUUGCAUUUUGGUGAGGGAGAGGCUGAGAGACUUCAGCAAUUCCUGCAGUUUUGAUUUUUGAGCAGCUUCUCUUGAGUGUCACCCAAAGUCCAGCACCUUCAUGGACACUGUCACACAGCCAACCUGGAAACUGAAACUACAGCAUCUCUGCCCAGCAAACAAGGACUUGGAGCAGUUUUUAAAAAGAAAAAAAAAAACAAAAAGUGCACAUGCAAAUUAAAGAGAAUGCAAUUAGCAUGUUUCCUUAUGGCACCUCUUCCUUGAGUUCACUGCCUGGCUUCAGGGAGUUGUGCUGAGCAAGCAGUGUCUGCAGCAAGCACCUUCUUGCAUUUUAUUCAAACUCUGCCCCUUUUAGGGGGAUCUUGAGUGUUUUUACAGGAUGAGGGAAGAUUUAAGAUGGGUUUCUGGCGUCAGGGUUCUGCCAGGAACAGGUUCUGUCCUGUCUCUCUUGCAGGAUGCAUUUUGCUGCGUAUAUGAUUUCUCUGGAGGUUUUUGCUCCUUGAACAGUUCACAGCUGUCACCACUCUGUGCUAAACUCUUGCUUGAUUUUUGAGGGGUGUUCCCUUCUCCAGCUGCUGCAGGAUCAUGUUCUGUGCUGCUCCAUGUACUUACACAAGCUGGUUUUGUUGAUAACAAGAGAAGAGCAGCUCAGACAUGGAAAUUUUAUUGAAAUAUUACAAGCCCUAAGCUAGUUGUAGAUCUAGAAGAUAACCCUGAGCACUGUCCUGCCACCCAGCAAGUUUUGAGUCCUUUUCUGUAACCUCUUCCGUGUACCUGAGGUCUCUUCACAUGCCACAGUGACAAUUUUUUAUAAAUUUAAGCUACUACUUGUAAUUAAAGCAGCAUAUCUUAGGCUGAAAAGCUAUUUUUGAAUUGAGGUGGACCUUUUUUCUUUGGAAUGCAAGGAAAAUUCCAGCUGUGGAUUCCUGUCUGCUGGUUAGAAAAGGGAUUGUUGUGGCCAGUCACUGUCCUUUGGAUGGGCACCAAAGCCAUGAUUUCCAUCCUCCUUUGUUUAUUUUAAUCUCCUUCUUGGAGUAUUCUUAUCCCAUGAUUUGUCUUUUUUGCUACUUUAAAUAUGUAGCAAUUUGUUCUUUAAAGGAUCUUGUGUUUUCCAGGAAAGGCUGCUGGUGUCAGUGGCUCACCAUGGUGCCAGCAUGGUGCCAAGCACUCCAGAACCAUCAGCCACCCAGGGAAAUCUGCCUUUUCCUCAUCUUCUGAGUGCUCAUUUGAAAUGUGUCUCUCUGCCUUUUCCUCAUCUUCUGAGUGCUCAUCUGAAAUGUGUCUCUCUGCAUGCCUGAGGUGCUCGUGGCACUCCUCUGCCAAAUGAAUUUAUAAUGACUUCAGAAGUUGCUGGAGUGGCUGCAAGGCAAGCCUUGAUUGUUUUCCACUGGUUUUUUAUGCUCUGCCCAUAGAGACUGCAUCUGCUGUGCCCUGGGGAGCUGCAGGCCCUGGGCUGGGUGGGUUUAGAGCACACAUGGUGCAGUCAAGAACUCUGUAGGCUCUGAAUAUUUAAGAGUAGUUUGAGUCCUCCAGCUGCAGCAUCAGUUUCUGGUGUGUUACACUGAAGGAGGUGCUGUUCCCUCCAGUCUAGCAGAUUAUUUCACUAGUCUCAAUGCUUACUUUGCUGAGAAAAAUAGAAAAUUAAUAUCAGCAAUGCUGCUGCAGCUUGAGUUGAUGUGUGUAAAAUUUGGCAGUAAUGGGCACGAGUGAACAGAACAGACCUGGAGCUUGUUCCUUGCUGUGGAAGCUGCCAGCCUUCAGUCUUCCAGGUGAGAAACUCAAAGUUCACAGUGAAAAACUUCCACCCAGUGUGUUUAGCACAAAGAAGACACUUUUAGCUCUGUGUGGUGUCAGCAGUGAACUGUUAACACUCCUGAUGCAGUGCCAGAAGCCAGUGGAAACAACCUAAAAAAAAAAUAAUGAGGAGAGUUCAUAAACCUGAGGGGCAGUUGGGAUGGUUCAUUGCUCUCUCCCACACAAUAUUAGUUUGUCCUGCAAUCCUUUUCUAUCUCUCUCCCUGGCUGCCAUAAAAAGUAGUUUUUACAACAGAUCAAAGAGUUUUUGCUUUUGAUCAAAGUACAUGUGCACUGAAACAUAAAUGCUCAAAUCUGAGAUAGUCAAAUCCCAACUUCCUUAUAGCUGGAGCAGAGUGCCCAUCCUGGGAUUGAGUUUAAAUCCCAAUUUCCUCAUGGCUGGAGCAGAGUGCCCAUCCUGGGAUUGAGUUUAAAUCCCAAUUUCCUCAUGGCUGGAGCAGAGUGCCCAUCCUGGGAUUGAGUUUAAAUCCCAAUUUCCUCAUGGCUGGAGCAGAGUGCCCAUCCUGGGAUUGAGUUUAAAUCCCAAUUUCCUCAUGGCUGGAGCAGUGUGCCCAUCCUGGAAUUAAAUUUAGUUCCCACAUUUUUGUUUCCUUGGUAAGUCAAGAGAGAAGCUUGCAAGGAGCCCCUGGAGCUGAUCUGCACUGCAGCAUAACUGAUCAAUUCAGUCACCAACACAAAGGCAGAAAUCCAACAGGUGUUGUGAUAAAAUAAAAGUUCUCCACAACAUUGCAGAAGAGCUCUGUGUAGCUGAUUCUUGUUGCCCUUAUUUUUACAUAUCCUUUUUUGUUGAGGAGUUUGCCUGGCCUGUAAGGCAGAGCAUGGAAAGGAUUUUAUCCACAUCCACACACAAGUGGCUGGCAGUUGAUACUCCUAGCCAGAAAUCCAUUUUCUUUGCUAUUUAUCUGACUUCACCUGUUGUCCUGCUGCUGUCAGAGUCUGCAGCUCACAAAAAAAUUGGUUUUCCAGCAGGUUUUAACUGAAGCUGUUAAUUCCUUUUGUCCACUUCCACCUGCAUGGGCACUAUUGGGAAUUGUUUGGGAGUAAUUUGGAUUAUUGUAGUUCAUCUCCCACAUGAGAGGGGUUGGUUUAUUGUUGGGAGAGAAGUAAUGCUGUGCAAUAUGAACUCCACUCCUCUACUCAGUGCAGAGAAAAUCCUGAAGCCAGAAUGGAAUUAGGUCUCACUAUCUGUGGCUGGAAGUCACCACAAUCUAUUCAGACAUUCAAAACCACAGCUAUACCCAAAAUUGGGUUUUGAGGGUGUUUUGUUUGUUUUAAAUCUCAUGCUCUUACAUUGUUCAUGGCCCAAGCUCAAAUCCCAGGCUGCUCCUUAAACCCCAUGUUUAAGCUGGAUUUUACAUUUUAUUUGGUCUUGACUCACCAAUCUGAAAUGCUGGGGCUGCUCCUGGAUGUCUCAGAAAAUUGGGCAGAAUUUUUGAGUGUAGACUCCUGCUUGCUCACUUUAAUCUGUUUAGUUUCUAUUUGUAGUUACUGCAUAGCAACUCCAAGGUUAUAUUCUGGAAUAUUUGCAGCUCAGGAAAAUGAUUUGAUUUAUCUAGCAAUGUUAACUCAAUUAUUUAUCUCUUGUGUGCCCUGAAGAACAAAUGUAUAUUGAGGUGAAUAUUUAAAAGCUAAUAGAAAAUUCAAUGCAGUUGAUUUACAUAUUUUAGGACUGUAAAUGUAAUAAUAUUUAAGUAUUUUAACUUUGGGGUUUUUUUUUUUAUUUGUUUGUCCCUUUUUCCCUUGGAAAAUAAACCAAGUGAAUAGGAUUGAUGGAUAGAUUUGUCAGAGAACUAUUUGCUCACAAAAAAUGGAAUCUCCUUGCAUUAUUUGGAGGAAUAGACACCUCUACAAAAUGGGAGAAAAUCUAUGUAUUUAAAAGCUUCAUCCUGUCUAGUCAAAAUAGUAUGACAGAAAACAUUUACACACUCCAAGCAUGAUUCCAGCACCUUGAGGUGAGCAAAUUCCUGUUUAUUCUGAAGGUUUGUGCUCAUGUGAAGCAAUUAAAGAUUCUAUGCAAAACAGCUUUGGUACUGUGAAAAACUGGUUACCUCAGCAGGCAGCACUGUGUGCUCAUGGAGAUUGUUGUGCCUCUGUCCUUACCCAAUGCCUGUUUGAACACUGAACUAUUUAUUCCAAUUAUAAUCAGCAUUGCAAGAG